AUGAAUUCCUGGAAAAAGUUUGAACAAAGAGAUGAACGGAACGUGAAUAUGAGAGCCGUGGAAUGGAACACUUCCUUGUUGUCGAAAUUAGUUUACGGCCCUUCGAUAUCUAUAACUCCGAUUACAAAGCACACUAAGCCCAAAAACAAGCACAAACUAACUAAGAAAAAGUCGACUAAAAACGACGGGAUGAUAGUACAGAUGUUAGAUUCAGCCCAAGACGAUUUAUCUCCCAAAGAAGCAGAUCCUCUGGAGAUCAAACCCUCCUCGACGCAGGCCGUACACUGCGAGACUUGCGACGAGAUUUACGAAAAUAACGUGGCUUUUGCCCUUCAUUCCAUCGCACACAAUUCUGACAAUAAGUACUCUUGUCAUUUAUGCGACUACCGCAACAUUUUCAAGUACAACAUCGAAAUGCACAUCAAAGCCCACGAAGGCACCACCAAGUACAAAUGCGAAAUCUGCCAAAAAGCUUUCACUACCAGCACACAUGCCAUAGAACACAAAUACUUUCACACCGGUGAGAAACCCUUCCAGUGCGAAAUCUGCGGAAAACACUUCAUGUUCUCGUGGUUUUUGACGUCGCAUCGUCGCAUGCAGCACUGGGAAAUCAUCACUGGUACUCCUUUAGUGAAGUACGAUUGCACUGUUUGUAACAAACACUACACUUCUGCUACUGGUUUGCGGAGACACAAUAUGAGCAAACAUAAUGUUGCUGGAGUAGAGUCGUCGUUGCUGUGUGAUAUUUGUGGGAAGUGUUUGUCGAGCAAAGAAAAGUUGAAGUUCCAUAGACGGAUUCAUACAGGUUAUAAGCCGUUUGCUUGUGAGAUUUGCACUAAAAGUUUUUCGAGGAAGGAACUUUUGAAGGAACAUGAGAGGGUACACACUGGAGAGAAACCUUAUAUUUGCGACUUUUGUGGGAAAGGGUUUUCUCAGAGGUCACCUUUGAGGAUUCAUAAGCGGACGCACACGGGAGAACGACCGUACAUUUGUAGGAUUUGCGGAAAAGGGUUUAUUUCCAAAGGGGUCAUGGAUACGCACAUGAAAAGUACUCAUCAUUCGCUCCAUUACAACCACCCUACUCUUGUCAUAAAUGCCCAAAAGUUUUCGAAAACAAGAAGAAAUACCGGAAACAUGUCUGGUUCCACAAAGAAAGAACAUUUCACUAUCUUCAAAGAUUUGAGCUACUUUAAAAAACACGUGAAAAAACACCAGCGUAUCACUAAGACGUUCGAUUGCCCGGAGUGCUCUAGAACAUUUGACUACAAAAGCAGAUUAAAUGCUCAUAUUAAGAAAGUUCACACUAAUCCAGAAAACAACAAAAUGCUAAUUUGUGAUGAAUGUGGUAAGUGUAUAAGUGCACCGAAUGGCAUGGUGAAGCACAAAAGGAUACAUACUGGAGAGAAGACGCACGUUUGUGAACAUUGUGGGAAAGGUUUUGCUGGGAAGAACACGCUAAUAGCACAUCUCCGAGUGCAUACUAAAGAAAGACCAUUUAAGUGCAGUUAUUGUGAGAAGUCUUUUACACAAAAAGGUAGCCUUAACAUACACUGCAGGAUUCAUACUGGGGUUAAGCCGUAUAAAUGUGGUGCUGGUGAUUUUGUAAGGUUUCUUACUCAUCGCGUUGAAUUGUUGGAUCAGUUCCAGAGAAACAAAGGCAACAGGAUGAUUGUAUCCUUAUCCAAAUACUGGCAUCACCAUAGAUUACUAGUAGCCGUAACACGCCACAUUCUUGCUUUAGUCUUUUUACAAGCUUAUUUGAAAGCAGAAGUACACAGCAAUAAAAGAGCGCAGAUACCAGUAUUUGAAACAAUAUUCAGUGCGCAUGAGCACUACUUUCACAGCAUCAGAGGCGUCGAGAACGAACUUCCUUUACUCUUUGGACCUGUUUUGUACGUUCUUAUACUAACGUGA